AUGUUUUCGCAUUCUUCUUUGUCUUUUUCUCUCGUCGGGGGUAGCGUUUGGACGAGGACGAAACGACAACAACAACAACAACAACAACAACUGAAGAAUACUAAUUCGAACACGUUGCAACAGAACAACAACACCAACAGAAAAACGACCACGCGAAUACAUUUAUUCGGAAAGCCAAACACCGGGGAAUCAGCCACGAAGGAGAGUUUAGAGUACGAAUUAGAGAAAGCGAACAAAUGGAGAGAGGAGUUAGGGGAAGAGUUGAGAGAGGCGAAGAAAGAGCGUGACCAGGCGGUGGAGAGUUUAGAUUUGUACAAGAGACGAUUGAAAGAGGCAGAGAAGGACGUGUUCAAAUUGGAGAAGCUGACUCUAGAGCAAGAGCAAAAGUUUAACGCGUUUGAGAUUGUGGUGAAAAAUCAAAUCAAACUGUUGGAAGGGAUGGUGAAAGAACGGGACGAGCAAUUGGCAAAGACGCAACCACCUUCGAAGGAAUAA